AUGGCGUGGACAAGAGUACUCUCCUUCGGCCUGGUCGUCCAGCUAACCACAGCCAUCACGCCCAAGAGAGAAGCUCGCCAGCCAUUGGGAGGAGGAGAGCGAUUACUCACGUACAACGAAACCACUCCCACCGCGUUGAACCGCGCAACGUCGCUAGCCGUUGACUGGAUUUCUGGAGAUCAAGACGGGCAAUAUGUUACCACUUCGGACGAUGGAGCGCUCAGACUACAAAGCAUCGUGACUGGCGACAACACAACUUUCAUCCCAGCGGACAGCGUCCCGGCCGACUAUCACGAGUACUGGAUUUCACCCGAACAGGAUCGAGUCCUCUGGGCUGUGAAUUACACCAAGCAAUAUCGGCACUCCUACUUCGCCGACUAUCUCAUCCAAGACGUGGAAAGCGGCGAGACUACUCCACUGGUCCCCGAUCAAGUUGGCAACAUCCAAUAUGCUGAAUUCGCCCCCAGUGGCGGUGCCAUUGCUUUUGUGCGAGGGAACAACCUCUACAUCCACAACAACAGCGAAGUCACUCAAAUCACCUCGGAUGGCGGACCUGAUCUGUUCAAUGCAGUCCCCGACUGGGUCUACGAAGAAGAGAUCUUCGGCUCCCGCUCUACAUUCUGGUUCUCACCGGAUAGCAAGUAUAUUGCUUUCCUCAGCUUCAACGAGACUGGCGUGGGAACCUUCACCAUUCCGUACUACAUGAACAACCAGGCAGUCGCGCCUCCAUAUCCGAGAGAACUAGAGCUGCGAUAUCCGAAAGUUGGGACGACGAAUCCGACGGUGCAGUUCAAUAUUCUGGAUCUGGCGACGAAUGAUAUUCGGAAUGUUCCUAUUACUGCGUUUGAAGCUAAUGAUACAAUCGUGGGUGAGGUUGCUUGGGUGACGGAUGAGCAUUCGGUGGUGUUGUAUCGUGCUUUCAACCGAGUUCAAGAUCUCGAUAAGCAUGUGCUGGUCGAUCCGGUCUCUGGGACCUCGAAAGUGGUUCGUGAGCGAGAUGGGACAGAUGGCUGGCUCGACAAUGGUCUUGCAAUUCAAUACAUCGGCUCAGUCAACACCACAAGCUACGGACCCAACUCGACCUGGUACGUUGACAUCACCGACGCAGACGGCUGGUACCAUCUCUACCUCUACCCCGUCCAAGGUGGCUCUCCAAUCCAACUCACAAAGGGCGAAUGGGAAGUCGCCACGAUACUCAAAGUCGACACAGCCCGCAGCCUGAUCUACUACACCUCCACCGAACACCACAGCACGGAACGCCACGUCUACAGCAUCAACUACGCCACGAAAAAGAAAACUGCCUUGGUAGACGACACCGUCCCAGCGUACUGGUCGGCGUCCUUCUCCCCUAAAGCCACCUACUACAUCCUCUCGUACCAAGGCCCCGACGUCCCCUACCAGGAAGUCUACAGCCUCAACAGCACAACCACCCCCCUCUCAACCCUCACCUCCAACGCGGGCCUCAUAGCCAACAUCUCCGCCCUCGCCCUCCCCAACAUCACCUACUUCGAACUCCCCCACCCGGAAGGCUUCACCCUAAACAUCAUGCAACGCCUACCCCCCUUCUUCGACCCCACCCAGAAAUACCCCGUCCUCUUCACCCCCUAUGGCGGCCCGGGCGCCCAAGAAGUCUCCAAGACCUUCCAAUCCCUCGACUGGAACGCCUACAUCUCCUCGGACCCCCAACUUGCCUACAUCACCUACACGAUCGACAACCGCGGCACCGGCUGGAAAGGCCGCGCCUUCCGCAGCACCGUCACAGAGCAUCUGGGUCGUCUCGAACCCGCCGACCAGAUCUGGGCGGCUCAGUACCUCCUCGCGCAGAACGCCUUCCUCGACCCGGAGCAUAUCGGCAUGUGGGGCUGGUCGUUCGGCGGGUACUUGACCGCCAAAGUCCUCGAGACGCAGGUUAACAGUACUGACCCGCCCUUCACCUUCGGCCUCAUCACCGCCCCGGUGACAGACUGGCGCUUCUACGACAGCAUGUACACCGAGCGCUACAUGAAAACGCCCGCUACCAACGACGCGGGCUACAACGAAACCUCUGUGCGCGACGCAUCCGGCUUCGCGGCGGCCCCCGGCGGUUUCGCCAUCAUGCACGGCACGGGCGAUGAUAACGUGCACUACCAGAACACGGCGGCGCUGGUGGAUUUGCUGGUCAAUGAGGGGGUGAGUCCGAGCAAGAUGGAGAUGGUGGCUUUCACGGAUAGUGAUCAUAAUAUUCGGUAUGGUGGGGCGAGUGCGUGGUUGUAUAGGUUUUUGACGGGGAGGCUGUGGGAGGAGAGGGAGAGGAGGGGGGAUUUGGGUGGUGGGGGGCAUCAGUGGGGACGGAGGGAGGUUGUUGUUUGA